UUUGUUAAUGUAUGCUCAGCAGCAUGCCGUACGUGGACCGGCUGAACCGUGUAUGUGGCUUCCUGGACGUGGAGGAGAAGGAGAACAGCUGCCGCUUCCAGAGGCGAUACUUCAUCCUCGACACGCAGGAAAAUGCUCUGCUGUGGUAUAUGGACAACCCUCAGAACCUGCCCAGUGGAGCUAGCUUUGUUGGCAGCCUGAAACUAACCUACAUCUCUAAGGUAAACGAAGCCACAGUGAAGCAAAAGCCGAAGACAGAGUUCUGCUUUGUCAUCAAUGCAGUUUCUCGGAGGUACUUCCUCCAAGCCAACGAUGUGACUGACAUGAGGGACUGGGUGGCGGCGCUCAACAAGGCCAGCAAGAUCACUGUUCCUAAGUCAGGCCCUGCACCGCCAAGGUCCGAUGUCACCGCACUAAUCAACGAACCUCAGGGAGUGAAGAAACAGCAGGCCUACAAGACCGAGAUCUUCGGUAGCGUGGUGGUGCACACUCCCAUCCAGAAUGAGAGCGAGGAGACAGAAGGGAAAGAGAGGAAGGGCAACAGGCCAGGCAUGCUGAGGUGCGGUUACUGUGUCAAACAGGGAAAUGUGAGGAAGAGCUGGAAGAGGAGGUUUUUCACCCUGGAUGACAAUGCAGUCAGUUACUACAAGUCUGAGACGGAUAAGGAGCCUCUCCGAGCUGUUCCACUGAGGGACAUUCAGAAGGUCCAUGAAUGUCUCGUAAAGUCAGGAGAUCUGCUGCUGAGAGACAACCUGUUUGAGAUCAUCACCAGCUCCAGGACCUUCUACAUUCAGACAGACUCUCCCGAGGAGAUGCAUGGCUGGAUCAGGGACAUCGAGAUGAAGAUCCAGGACUUCAGAGGUCCCCCUAAGGGUUUGUUAUUUAAACGUGGGUCCUCUCUCUAUCGAAGUCACAAUGCCUCCUCAGCGUCUCGAGGUCAGCAGGGUGACGAGCGCAGACCUGCGCUGGUCAAGUCUUGCUCCGUGGCGUCGGGCUGGCAGCCGUGGACGCCUGUCCCUGCCUGUGAGCCCUCCAUGCUGGAUGCGGAGGAUGAAGACAGUGCUUUCAGCUCUCUGCCCACCUUGCCUUCUCUCUCCUCGUCCUCCACCUCGUCCUCCACCUCCUCCUCCUCCAACUCUCUCUCCGCCCCAAUCCCUUGCCCCAGUGCUUCUCAAGCAGCUUCAAGCGUACUGGGGAUGCUCACAGUGUCAGGAGAUGUGGCCAGCGGGCGUCGGAGACACCGCUCACAGCCUCAGCCUCACACAUCCUUCCCCUUCAGCCUCGACGAAGACGGCAUCCGCACCACAGACGUCUAAGUUCCAUGAAGUCUCUUCAGACUCCUGUGUGGACUUCAGUGUUGGUACCUGCUUUAAAAUGAAUGUGACUGGUAAUAAUAGUAUUCCCUGCUAAUGAAGUGACACUGUGAGCAUCUGCCUCAACGCCAUGACGUGAGACGGGAGCCUCCUGCUGGUCUUUUAGCUGUAUUGCAGACGAAGGAUGCGCACAGCUGGAAGGGGACCAAGAGGCCGUGAAGAAGUACGAUGGAGUGGUAAUAGUGCAACUUCCUUUGAAAACUUGAAUAAUCUUGUUGUUAAUUGUUUUUUAACAAUUAAAAAUGUUAAUUAUGGCACAUGCUUUCAAUCUGUUGCACUUGGCUCCCCUCGGAGAUAUAACUCUCAUCACAACCCUGCUAGAAGUAUUCACCAAGAAGUGUUUGAAGGCAUUUAAACACAGUAGUAUCCAUUGUUUUUAUAUUCAAGCUUAUGGUCACAAAGAACGUUAAAAUAAUAUGGGUAUUUUUAGUUUCUUUUGAGCCAGCCGUGUUUUUGUACCUUCUUUCUUCCUGAGUAACACAUUAUGUCAACUUACCUUCAUUAAUAAUUAACAAGCAUUUGUUUACGCACAUCUGAUCAGGUGUCUGGGGGGGAAAGUAAGUGUAGGUCUCAUAAAAAAACGUACAUGAGGGUUGCAGCAGCUUUUAUGUGUUCGCACUUGUUUUAUGUUUAUGUUUUAAACAGGAGCUUUUAAUACUUGGCUUAAAGAUCAAGUCAGUAAACUGUGACUCCUUCUUAGCUUUUAACAGGGUACCUCCCGUAAUAAUACAGCAGUGUUUUGAGAUGGUACUGCCUACGUCAAAGUACAGUUGAUCCGAUGGUUGACAGCUUUGUAAAUGUGAUGUUCUUAUUCCAGCAUUAUGUGGGAAAAUGUGCCACUACUUCUGGUAAUUUAAUUGUAAUUGCGCACUUUGCUUUUCUCAUUUUACUUGUAUUGUUUUUUGCUUUCACAGCAGAUAUUACAGCUUCCUCUGAGAUGUCUCAGACACUUUAUGUUGUUCCACCAGUAGUCUCAACCCUCCUCAAGUUCACCUCAAGACUUAAUUGAUGUGGUACCAUGUUCACGCCUGUUUCCGUUUUCUGAAGCUGUGUGCACUCGUCUGCCUGCCUGUAUAAUGAUCAUUUUCUUUCUUGUACAUUAAAUGAUGCUUUGUAUU